AAAACAUCAUCACCAACCAACCAACCCAACCACUUCUACAUAUAAUAAAGAUUCAAAAACGGCAUCUGCGGCCUGCACCAUAUAUAGCAGGAUACUGAGAUUAUAUAGCCACCUGAACUCACUUUGCAACUGAAUUCAUUCCAACUCCCAAUGGAAGGAGAACAACAAAGCAGUGGCAUAUUGAGGUCCAUGGACGCGGAGCAACUCAGAGAGCAUGCACAUAAGAUGGUUGAUUUUAUUGCUGACUACUACAAAACCAUUGAGAGUUUCCCAGUUCUCAGCCAAGUUCAGCCAGGUUAUCUUGAAAAGCUCUUACCGGAUUCUGCUCCUGAUUAUCCUGAAACACUGGAGCAUGUUUUGAAUGAUGUACAGGAAAAGAUUUUGCCAGGGGUAACACAUUGGCAAAGCCCCAAUUAUUUUGCAUAUUUUCCUUCCAACAGUAGCAUUGCUGGAUUUCUUGGAGAAAUGCUCAGUGCUGGUUUCAACAUUGUCGGUUUCAGCUGGAUAACUUCUCCUGCCGCAACAGAACUCGAAACCAUUGUUCUCGAUUGGCUUGCUAAGGCACUUAAGCUGCCUCAUGAUUUCCAUUCUACUGGGCAAGGUGGUGGAGUUAUUCAAGGAACAGCGAGUGAAGCAGUUCUAGUUGUCUUGUUGGCUGCUCGCGACAAGAUCUUAAGGACGGUUGGAAAAGGCGCUCUUCCUAAGCUUGUGACAUAUGCAUCUGAUCAAACACACUCUUCUCUACUAAAAGCCUGCCAGAUAGGUGGACUUAAUCCUGAGUUUUGCAGGUCACUAAAAACUGAUGCUUCAACAAAUUAUGCGCUUUCUCCUGAAGUAUUUUCUGAAGCAGUUUCAAGGGACAUUGCUAGUGGUCUUAUACCAUUUUUCUUAUGUGCUACCGUUGGUACAACUUCAUCAACUGCUAUUGAUCCUCUACCUGAAUUGGGGAAAAUUGCUAAGGUCAAAAACAUUUGGUUUCAUGUUGAUGCUGCUUAUGCUGGAAGUGCUUGUGUAUGUCCAGAGUAUCAACACCAUCUCAAUGGUGUCGACGAAGCAGACUCAUUCAACAUGAAUGCGCAUAAAUGGCUCUUGACAAACUUUGACUGUUCACUACUUUGGGUUAAGGAUAGAAGUGCUCUGAUUCAAUCACUAUCUACGAACCCGGAGUAUCUGAAAAACAAGGCCUCUCAAGGAAAUAUGGUCAUAGAUUACAAAGAUUGGCAAAUUCCCCUGGGGCGUCGCUUUAGAUCGUUAAAACUGUGGAUGGUGAUGCGUCUCUACGGAUUGGAAGGUCUGCGAAAUCACACGAGAAACCACAUUAAUCUUGCUGCUUAUUUUGAGGACCUUGUUGGUCAGGAUCCAAGGUUCAAGGUUGUUACGCCUCGCACGUUCUCUUUAGUCUGUUUUCGGCUUUUGCCUCCGGCUAACACAGAAGAUACUAAUAAACUGAACCGUGAUCUACUUGACUCGGUGAAUUCAACAGGAAGUGUUUUCAUAACACACACGGUUCUAUCAGGUCAGUUCAUUCUGCGUUUUGCAGUAGGAGCACCAUUGACAGAACAGAGGCAUGUCGACGCAGCAUGGCGAAUUUUGCAAGAAAAGGCCACUGCUCUGCUUGGGAGUUUGUAGGAUGAAACUACCCUCAGCAUCAUUUCAACCAUUUGUUUUGAGACAUCCAUAUUAAUGUUUCACUUGAGAACUUAAGUUUUGUUUUUCCUCUACAUGUAAGUCCUUAAGUUUCUUAGUGUUUAAAUGCUCAAUAAAAGGGAAAAAAAUCCUUUCAUGUGUAAAAACCAAGACCUAUAUAUAUACCAUAUAUAUACUGAAAUAUUUUGCGGCUUAAGCAGAUAUUAAAUAACAGCGCUUAAUCUGCAAAACCUAACA